AUCAACUUAGUAUCAGUUAGUUUCAAAAAUUGUACUCAACGGGGUGGUUGUGUCGCCCACUGGGAUAGCACCUGAAUCGUGAAACGUGCGACAAAUAUUCGUGGUUCUGAGCCGCCGCAAAUACCCAAAGAACUUGAAAAAUUAAACUAACGAACAGGAAUAAUUAAUUAAUUAAUUAUAAACCCUACUGCGGCGUUAAGAGUUGAAGAUGUAAAAACACUGCUAAUUGGAUAUAAACACAUUUCACUCAAGAACGCUUCGCUUUGGAUACCCAGAAAUUAAUAAAACGCGCGUUUUUGGCCAACGAAUAUUUUAAAACAAGUGUGAGCGCGCUACAAGUGGAAAUAAAACUCGAUUUCUGGUUGCAACACACACACAACACCCAAAUUAUAACGGGAAGUGGCUCAACAAGUGGCACGGGGAUUAUCUAAUAAAGCCUCCUACCGAAAAUCAUAGGAAUAGUAGAUUAUACGGGCAAAAUAUCAAUUUUAAAACAGUUUUUCGUGCUCGUGUGUGUGCGUCCGUGUGUUUGUGCUACAACGGCAACGUCAACAACACGCAACAACAAUUGCUGUGAGUGCGACGGCGACAGCAACAGCGUGAGUCAUAAAAGUGAAAUGAAAAUGCGGAUAAAGCGAGAAGCGCCGUGUCUUCUGUUAUUUAUGCCAAUCCAAAAUACCAACAACAACAAUCGCAUUGGUGCCAAUCAGAAGGACUAUCCCAACAAGCGGUCCAGGGAGAAUCUGGCAUGUGACGAGCAGCAGCAAGUGACAUCGACGACGUCAUCCUCCAUGGCAAUGAACGGCAGCGGCGGACGGACGCCGCUGCUGACCCGCAGCUGCUCCAGUCCGGCGGUCUACGAUAUAGAAACACAUCCCGCCUCGCCCGUUUUCCCGCAUCUAUUACUGGGCAAUGGCCGGGAUGCCGACGAUCCCAGCAGCGUGGGCGCCAACUGUGUGCUGAACGUUACCUGCCAAAGUCCCAACGAGAGUCAUCUGCAGGGCCUCAAGUAUAUGCAAAUACCUGCCAGCGAUACGCCCCAUCAAAACAUCAAGCAGUACUUCCAGGAGGCCUUCGACUUUAUCGAGGAUGCACGGAAAACGGGUUCCCGGGUGCUGUUGCACUGCCACGCGGGGAUCUCUCGCAGCGCCACCAUCGCCAUCGCCUACGUCAUGCGGUACAAGGCGCUCUCCCUGCUGGAGGCCUACAAGCUGGUGAAAGUGGCCCGGCCGAUCAUCUCGCCCAAUCUAAACUUCAUGGGCCAGCUGCUGGAGCUGGAGCAGAGUCUGCGGAAAAGCGGCAUCCUGGCACCGGCUACCCCGCACCUCAACAGUCCCAGUACCCCAUCCGUGGGUGGAGUAUCUUCGGUGGGUCUUAACCACCCAUCAUCAUCUAGUCAACUGGUGGAGCAGCCGGAGCAGGAGGAGAUCGAAGAGAAGCGCGAGCGGAAUCGCGGCAAGUCCAAGUCAGACAGCGAGGCCAUGGACGAGGAUGUCUAUGACUACGAUGACGUGGAUAGCGGUGCCGGCAGUCUGGCGGGCAGUAACUGCUCCUCGCGCCUGACCUCACCUCCCAUAACACCCGACGAUGAGGCGCCCAGCACUUCGGCGGCAGCAUCUACUAUUUCGGAGCUAGAUUCCCCAAGCUCCACAAGCAGCAGCAGCGGAAUAUGCUCCCUGCUGUCCACCAGCUCAUCCGUAUCCUGCGCAAUCAGCAAGCCAAGUCUGCUGUCGCCCACGCGGCAGUUGGCCCUAUUCAAGCGGAAUUCGCCCGCCAAGUUGAGGCUAAAUCUGGAGUCCAGCUAUGCGCCCGCGUCACCCAUCCCAAAGUCCAUGUCCUGCAUCUCCAUACCGGCCACGCCCGUCUGCGAAGAGGCGCCCGAAAGCAGGAGCAACCAUUUGGCGGGUAAUCCGAGGGACUGAGGAAGAAUCCCCAGGAGAAGCCGCCACCAAGCAGCUGUGAAUAAAAAGAAAAUGUACAGACCUUGGCCAAAUUCAUGAUAAGAAUGGGAUUGAUAUGUUGUAUUGUUUUAAACAGAGAAGUAAAAUGGGCUCUAGUUUUAAUCGAGGCUUGUCUUACAUUUCUGGGAGACAUACAGUAUAUCAAUUCGUAUCAUAAAUGCUUAAACGGUCUGAUACUUCCUAUAAACUAAGGUGAUGCAAAUGAUAUAUCAAACAUCCAACACUGAGCCACCUUUUGGAUUAUGUAAAUUCACAAAUUGUACAUACAAGCGUACCUAAAUAACAAAACAAGGAAAGAGGAAUACCAAUUGCAGCUUGCACUAUUUUCAGUACUUUUAAGAGCUUUUGUAAUGUAUUUCUUCGAACCAACAAACCAACACACAAAACAAAACAAUACCUAAAGUAAUCCAAAACAACCAACUGCAAAAAAAUUGUUUGAGAAGAAAGAACACCUCGUAUAUGUUAAUUUAGUUUAAAUAUAGUAUGUAAGCGAAUCUUAACUAUACCUAUACACACAUAAACUAUAUUAAAAUCUUCACAUAGAACAAUGAAAA